GACCAGCAGGCUGGAUGUAAGAACUGGCAGCAGUAGAUUACGAUCAGACUUCCAGCAAGCUGAAAACAUGCUUGUGUGUAGCACUACACUGUGGUGUGUCUGGCCUACUUUAAUCCUGCUGUGGACCUGUAUGUGGGAAGCUGGCUGUGACAUGCAAUAUCAAGCACAGGAGGAGGAGAUUUUCCACUCUGACAAACAGACCAGACUGGGAUGGAAGUCUGACCCUGCCUCACAAUGGGUGGAAAUGCGGCUGGGAAAGCAGAUUCCAGGGCCUGUGCUCCAAGCUUGUGGAAGACGCGCAAUGAGAACUCUUUUAAGUCAGUGGAUGGAGCGUGGAGACGCCCGCUAUCUGCUGAUGGAUAUUACAUUUGGCCAAGAACAGGAGCAAUCUGGUCAGCUCAGCCCACUACAAGUUUACCUUUUUGACUUAGAUGUACCCAUGACAAGAUAUCAAAAAAGUUGGCCAGUCCUAGAACUCCAGAGCUCCAAGCCAUUUCCUUACGCUGCCACAGUCCCCGUGGAACAAAUAUCCAGCCACAUGAACCGCAGCCUGGCUCUGAGCCUGGGGCCCAUCAGCCGCGGGGGCUUCCAACUCGCCUUCUCUUACUCAGGAACAUGUGUGCUGAUAACAUCCAUCAGACUGUACUACAUGAGGUGCACUGAUGUCGUGGAUCACCUGGCCUUCUUUAAGGGGACAGGGGGCGGGUCGGGUCCCCUGAUGGGUUCCUGUGUGAAGGGAGCUGUGGAGGUUUCUCCACCUGUUCGAGAAUGUCAUGUGGAUGGAGUAUGGGGUCCACUGCUGGGGGGAUGUACCUGUGAGCCUGGGCAUCAAGUCAUGGAUGAUACCUGUCAAGCAUGUAGGAUGGGCUACCACAAACCAGCCAAUGAGGCUGGAGGAUGCCGGCUGUGCCCACCAAACAGCAGGACACAUGGGGAGGGAUCAGAGAGGUGCGACUGCCUACAGGGCUUUAGCCGCCUACCAGCUGACCCUGAGGACCUCGGCUGCACCAAGCCACCCUCUGCCCCUGUGAACCUAACAGCCCGUCAUCACAAUGACUCUGUGCUGAUAGUGACGUGGGAUCCUCCUCAUGACUGGGGAGGCCGACAGGAAGUGAUAUAUCACUUCAAAUGUGAGAAGGAAGCAGAGGCUGGCAGUCAGUGGGGGGUGUGUGGUGACGAUUUGGUCGUCCUGCCAGACUCAGUGGGGCUGACCAGCACAUCAGUCAGCAUCACCGGACUGAACCCACAGCGCGACUACAGACUGUCAGUGCAAGCUUGGAAUGAUAUAUCCACCUCGCAGGGGGCGCCACCUUCAUCCACUGCCACUGUUACUAUUCAUAGAUGGAAAGUUCCACCUGUGGUGAUCACUGUGACCCCGGGCUUAAACAUCUCAAAUCAUCAAAUAACAGCAGCUCCUCAGCGCCAGAGUCGCCUCUCCAUAUGGCUUACUAUUGGUGUUUUAUUUGGCAGCCUGCUGCUCAUGGCUGUAAUUCCAAUUGCUGUGUGUGUCCUGCGCCGCAACUACACUAAACUCAGGUCUGACCAGGAAGUGGAACUUUUGCCGAUGAAUGCUGAAUUUUCCUAUAGACGUCCGCAGCAGGUGGAGGCUGCACCCCAGCAAGCCAACAUGGUAGAAGGUGUGGCCCAGUUGUUGGAGGGUCUCGGUGGCAGGCUGCUGGCUAGUCUGAAGGAGGUCCUGGUCGAGAGACACCAGCUCACCCUGGGCAAGGAGCUUGGCAGAGGGGAGUAUGGCUCAGUCUGUGAAGGGGUCUUCUCCCCAGAUGGAGGCGGGGACAUCAAGGUGGCUGUGAAGACCAUGAGAGUUGGAUUCCACAGCCAGGAAGACUUACACGAGUUUUUGAGAGAGGCAGAGAUCAUGCAGAACUUUGAUCAUGAAAAUGUGGUCAAACUACUCGGGGUCACUUUACAGAGAGACCAGGACUCAUCUCUGCCUGUUCCUCUGGUCAUCCUACCCUUCAUGAAGCAUGGAGACCUGCGCCGCUUCCUCAUUGAUACACGCUAUGGCGAUAUUCCCAUGUUUGUGCCCCAUCAGAGUCUCCUGCGCUUCAUGAUUGACAUUGCAGCAGGGAUGGACUAUCUGAGCUCACAGGGGUUCCUGCAUAGAGACCUGGCAGCACGCAACUGCAUGCUGGGCGAUGACCUUAGGGUGUGUGUGGCUGACUUCGGCCUGUCCAAGAAAAUCUACAGCAGCAAUUAUUAUCGUCAGAGAGUAGCUAUCCGUGUGCCGAUCAAGUGGAUGGCCAUGGAGAGUCUGUCUGAGUCUGUCUACACCAUCAAAAGUGACGUGUGGUCAUUCGGGGUGACCAUGUGGGAGAUUGUGUCCCGGGGAAGGACUCCCUACCCUGGAGUUCACAACCAUGAACUGCUGGAGCUGCUGCUGUCUGGACACAGGCUCAAACCACCUGAGGACUGUGACCACAAACUUUAUGAAGUCAUGCGUAGCUGCUGGGACAAGGAGCCGACCCGCAGGCCUGGCUUCAGGGAACUGGGCCAGACACUGAAAGGUCUUCUGUCGGAGCUUCCGGUGCUGGAGGCCAGCCAGGAGGCCAGCUACAUCAACCAGGUCCUGGAGGUGGCCGCUGCUGCGGCUGCCUCUCAGGAUCCACAGUCAGACUCUGGGGGAAGAUGGGAAAAUGUCUACCUGCCUACUCCUGUGGGUGCAGCUGCAGCCAGAGAAGAGGAGGCAGAAGUAGAGGAUGGCUACCUUAAGUGUCUUACUGGCUCAGCUGUUAAGGGGGAUAAUAAUCACUAACAAAAUGUAAUGGUAAGGGAUGGGGGUGCCCCCCCCCCACCUUACUAAGUGUAAGCUGAUAAAGAACAAGACAAUGACAGGAACUAAAACCUUUUAUUUUAUUUUUAUCUUUUUAAAAUGUUUUGUAU